AUGUUUACUCGUCUCUCUUUCACUGCCUUCCUGGCUCUACCACUCCUUUCGAACGCCGGUGUUAUCCCUGUCCUCCCACCUGUCCCGUCCAGUGACGAUAGUAUUAGUACUGGUCUUACGGGCAGGCAGGUCAUUACGGCCUCCCCCCACAUCGGGCCCGUCCUUCCCAUUGACACCGAUAGUACUGUUAUUUCGAGCAGGCAGGUUAUUACUGCCUCCCCCAACAUCGGGCCCGUCCUUCCCAUUGACACCGACAGUACCGUUAUUUCGAGCAGGCAGGUUACUACGCUCUCCCCCGUCCUCUCGUCUGUCCUUCCCCUUGUCGAAUCAAAGGAUGCUGCUGUUAUUACGGGCGCAGUCUCCCCCGUUGUCGGCCCUGUCCUUCCCAUUGUCAGUUCUAUUACUUCAAGCACGCAGGAUAUUACGGGCUCUGUUGCUAUCUCCUCAGUCCUUCCUCGUGGUGGCGAUGGUGCUACUUGCACUACUGGUACCGCGCAGUGCUGUGAUUCUACUGAGAGCGCCAGCGCCUUGAGUCCUGCCGUUGCGACCCUCUUGGGCUUACUCGGAGUCGUCGUCAGUGACAUCGCUGCCAACGUCGGCGUGACCUGCAGCCCCAUCAGCGUUAUUGGUGUUGGUGGAAACUCAUGCAGCAGCCAGACUGUCUGCUGUGAGAAUAACCACUUUAAUGGCCUUGUUUCUCUUGGAUGUACCCCCCUCGAUGUUGGCCUCUAA